AUGAUGGUUUUUUCGAGCACCUUUAUUUUUCUAAUUUUGGAGUUAGUUGUACUGUGUGAAGCUUCAGUCCACACCAUUCAAAUUAAGGACAAGCAUUUCGUUGACACAGUGACUGGAAAACCAUUCUUCAUCAAAGGUGUGGAUUAUCAGCCAGGAGGCUCUUCCGACGUUAGUGAAAAGCAGGAUCCGUUAUCCAAUCCAGAUGCAUGCGCUCGUGAUAUUUUAUUAUUUCAAGAAUUGGGAAUAAACACAGUAAGAAUUUAUUCUAUAAACCCGGACCUGAACCAUGAUGCGUGCAUGACUAUGCUCGCAAUGGCAGGUAUCUAUCUUAUAUUGGAUGUCAAUUCCCCAUUGCAAAACCAGCACUUAAACAGAUAUGAACCUUGGACUACCUAUAAUGAAGUUUAUUUAGAACACGUUUUCAAGGUUGUCGAACAAUUUUCUCAUUACAAUAAUACUUUAGGAUUUUUUGCUGGGAAUGAAAUUGUAAACGACAAAAGAUCAGCACAAUAUUCUCCUGCCUAUGUCAAGGAGUUGAUUGGAACUAUGAAGAAUUACAUAAGCGCACACUCGCCCAGAACAAUUCCGGUAGGUUACUCUGCUGCAGAUGACCUGAACUAUAGGGUAUCACUGUCCGAAUAUUUGGAGUGUAAAGAUGAUGAUAAGCCAGAGAAUAGCGUUGAUUUUUACGGAGUUAACUCCUACCAAUGGUGUGGCCAACAAACUAUGCAAACUUCAGGGUACGAUACAUUGGUGGAUGCUUACAGGAGCUAUUCCAAGCCAGUUUUUUUUUCAGAAUUUGGAUGCAAUAAAGUAUUGCCAAGGCAAUUCCAGGAAAUAGGUUAUUUGUUUUCUGAGGAGAUGUAUUCAGUAUUCUGUGGAGGUCUGGUUUACGAAUUUUCACAGGAGGAUAAUAAUUAUGGGUUAGUUGAAUAUCAAGAAGAUGAUUCAGUACAGCUCUUAGCAGAUUUUGAGAAGCUUAAAUCGCACUACCAAAACAUUGAGUUUCCUUCUAUGAAGACUUUAAAGGAAACUGUUCAGAUGGAGGAGACGCCAUCAUGUGCGGAAGAUUAUGAAAAUUUGAAGAUUGAAUCUAAAAUUGCUAAAAAUUUAGGAAGUUCUUUGAUAAAAAAAGGCGUGAAAGUUGAAAAAGGCAAAUACAUAGAUAUUCACGAGGAUCAGCUGUCCACCAAUGUCACGAUUUUAGACAAGCAUGGUGACAGAUGGAAUGGGCCCAAAAAGAUUGAAAUUAGGCAAAGCCUGACAUUGGCAGACCUGGAAGGAGAAGAACAAGAAGACGCAGAUGAAGACAAAGAUGAUUUAAAACGAAAACACCGGAAUUCUGCCUCUAUUUCCGGCCCAUUGUUACCUCUUGGGUUGUGUUUGCUUUUUUUUACUUUUAGUUUAUUUUUUUAG